AUGGCUGCCGCAAUUCAACAACAAGAACCUCAUAAAACAGGUUUCCUUGAUCUCCCAGUCGAGAUCCGCCUGGAAAUCUACGACCAGCUCCUCAUCACAGCUCCCUACACAAGAUGCGGUCGUCCAUGUCCAGAGCAAAAGGUCCAUGCCUCUCUCCUCCGCACCAACCGCCAAAUACACGACGAGGCCACAGAUCUCCUUUACGGGUCCAACACUUUCCUCUCUCAUCCUACACUUCUUACAUCCUUCCCCCGUCUAAGAAACUGGUACGGCCCCGUCAAGGAGUCCUCCAUCAUCCCCAGCAUCCGUCGCUUCCACACCCAGGUCCGCCUCGAUGUCGAUCUCCCGUAUGACGCAGACGCAGUGACAAAAGCCUACAGCGGUCUCGACGAGUUGACCAUCGACGUGGUUCAGUCCAUGUUUCUCGGAGUGGGAUACCGCAAUCUACGCAUGUUUGAGGGCGUCCGGGGUGUAAAGAAGGUUACUGUUACCGGCAGCACAACUGGCUUCGAGGAUUAUGUCGAGUGGCUCAAGAUGGCCAUGACGAGUGAACCCGACGCCAAGGUGCCCGAAUACGUGCCUCAACAACAAGCCGGCUGGAUCCAGCGCUUAGCCACUGUGCACUACUAA